ACGACGUGAUUCCUCGAUGGCGACUUAGCUCAGCGUGCGUACGCACUACAGUAAUGCGCCAAAGGUCGACCGGCCGCAACGAGUCCUUGGUGCGUAGGGCAGUGGGAGACAACGCUUUCAGAAGAUAACUUUGCAGCAUGGCUACCAUCGUGCCUGUGACUCUUGGCAUCCUCGCUGUAUUAGUGGCCGCCGAUGCCUCCUGCUACACACCCCGUGAAAGGAACGGCCAGUGCAAGCGUGAUCCGUACAGGCUUCCUACCACACUCUUCGGUACGAAGACGAGCUAUCGUCACGCCACCGGUCUGGACAGCAAGUGGGCCCCCCGGCUACAGGUCCCAGGUUGCAAGCCGCUGCUUUUGAUGCUCUUCAUGAGACACACGACGAGAUAUCCGGGCAAGAAAGAUCUCAAGAAGUUUGGUGACAAGCUGAACGAGUUACAAAUGAUGAUCUUGAAUGCCUCACGUGCAAGUUCUGGAAACCUGUGCAAGGAGCAUGUAACUUUGUUGCGAAAAUGGAAGUACAGCUGGGAUGAAUCCAUGGAGAACCAAAUAACGCCCUCUGGCCUUAAGGAGACCGGUAAAAUCGCUUCGAGGUUUCGAAUGAUGUUCCCUGGCCUGCUGCCACGCCGUUUUCGCGAAGACGAGUACAGUGUCACGGCAACCAGCAGAGUCAGAACGCAAGAUACGGCCAUAGCUUUCCUAAAGGAGGUACUCUACAGAAAAGGUGGGUCGCAGCUCCUAGCGCAAGUUUGUAUACUUCAAUGUAAGCAAGGCCGAGAGCGAAAUAGACAAGGCCAGAGCUGAGAAGUAGCAGUGCAG